AUGAAUAGUUCCAUCUGCCUCGAGGAAUAUAACACCUGGGAUAAAAGAUUUGCCCUUACAAGUAACAAUGAAAAUGUGCAGAAUUACAAUAUGCCAUUAAAUUUAAAUUACAGCGAUAACUGUUACGAAAACACAACUUUUUUCGAUAAUAGCUUACUCAAAUCCAAUUGGGAAAGUACUAACACAAGCUUGGUAAAUUAUAAUAGCCCCCUAUCUACAAACAACGUAAAUUUUAAUUAUGCUUAUAAUCAAAAUAACGAUAUAUACAAAAGAAAAAAUAAAUAUGGGGAAUUAAAAUUAAAUACAUUUAAUAAGGAAAAAAUAUAUUUUGCAAAAAAUGAAAAUGAAAAAGACUAUUAUGAAAAGAAUGCACUAAGAAAUACCCCAUUUGAAAUUAAUAACUUUUCGAGGAACACAAAAAAAUUUGAAUUUCUUAAAAACAGUUGCAAUUUCAAAAAAGGAUUAAAAAAAAAUUGUAUAAUAAAUGAUAAAUAUAAUAAAAUAACAAGAGAAUUGUCGUGCAUCGGAGAUAUGUACAUAAAAAAUAUAAAUAGGUGUUAUGCAUGCAACUGUUCAAAUAUUUAUAAACAGAUAUACAAAAACGAAAAUUGUAAUGUUAUAGACAUGAAACAAAUACAUAAUGAUUUAAUUUAUUUAAUUAUAAAAUAUUUAUAUUAUGAAAGAAUCUUACCAGAAGCUAACGAAAUAAAAAGGAAAAUUAAUAAAUAUUUUCCUGAGUGCCCCGUUUUAAAUAAUAAUUUUAUAAAUAUAUGUAGAGAAGAUAAAUUCAAAAAAUUUGAAAUUUAUAAAGCUAAUUCUUACGAAAAAGAGGAAAAAAAAGGAAAAAUAUUUUUUAAAAAAUCUUUCAAUAAUGAAAACAUUUGUAUAUACCUUAGAGGUAUAUCCAAAGAUUUUUUCAUCAACCCUAACGAUGACACUGAAAAUAUUUUCCAGUAUAUUCCAUUGAUCUUUAUUCACCUAAUUGACAGAUUUAGGAUUCAGUCACCGGACAAUAGCCACAAGGGAGGUAGAUACAUAUUAGCUGAAACGUUAAAACAUACAGGGCCUUAUAUUUUUAGAACGAUGAAAUUAGGGAGAAUAAUUCAUAUACUACAAAAGUGCAUUGACUUAAAUAUUUUAUCAUAUUUCAACAAUAAUAUUAUACCGAUAUUUACUUCUUUGACCAUUUCCAAAACAUAUAUUUCCAAAAUGCAUGUGAAUCAAACCCCCGCUUUAAAAAAUCACAAAGAGCAUUCUAUAAAUUUAAUAAAAAACCGAAUAAGCUAUUUGUUAUAUAGCUACUCAGAAGAUAAAACUAAGGCAAAAGGCUUUUCCCUGAGUAGACUUCCCCUGAUAUAUAAAAAUGUAUACAAGGAAAAUAUAAAUAUAGACCAGAUAGGAUAUUCUAAAUUAACGGAAUUCAUAAAUAACGAAAUGAGCGAUAUUUGCUUUAUAUCAACACAACAUAAAUUUCAGUGCAUACUGUUACCUGUUAUGGAAGAUGAUCAAAAGCAUAGAGAUAAAAAUGCAAAAUUAAAAAAAGAAAUAGAAUUGAAGAAGUCCUUAGAUUAUAUAAAAAAUUAUCAGUGGGAGAGAUGUAUUUCAUAUUUACAUUUUUCUAAUUGUUUAAAAAACAAAAAUGCACAAUUUGAAUUAGAGUAUAAAACUUCUAACGAAACUAUAGAAGAACUGUUCAAUGAUAACUUUUCUCUUGACGAUAAAACAAAUAAGGAUAUUAAUGAACACAAUACCCCUGAAGAUGUACCUUUAUUAUUACCCCUCGAUGUUGUUAAUUUACCUUCAUCUUAUGAUAUGUACGAUUCUUAUUACAAAUCACCUACCUAUUAUAGUACGGAUGAAAAAGAAGAUAAUUCAAUGAUUAAAUUUGUGGACGCUUCACAAAAUAAAUUUGACAUUAUAAGUGAUUUCCAAAAAUGUGAAAACAUAAACAUAUCUAUUGAAGAGUCCAUAGAUAUAAAUCAUAUGUAUUUUAACUUUCCAUCUACAUAUAAUGUUUUUCAUUAUUUAUUUAAUGACAACUUGGAAGAUGUGCCUAUUGUAGAUCACUGUAGGAUACAAAAUUAA